UUUGACAGCGACACGUGGCGUGUGAGUGGAGAGCAUCAUCUCCACAGUGGAAACAUUCUCGGGAAAAGUCCGAAAAAAACUGGGCGGUGUGGGAAUUUGGUCACAUGGAGCGCGCAGCCUAAAAACGGAGGCGCUGAGAGUGUCUGAAUCAGGUGUGCGUUAGGAAGCGGACAGAGUUUGUGACAGAAGAGCAGGACGCGUGCGUGCUUUUGACGUCGCCCGCAUAGGUGCCUCACGCAGAGUUGUGAUUACUCCUAACAGCGCGCGCCAACGCUUUACCAGCACUGAGAGCAUUGGGCAGCAGCCUGUAGUCACAUGAUGCCGUUUACAGUGAACCUGAUUGGCCCAUCACCCUGGGGAUUCAGAAUUUCUGGAGGGCGAGACUUCAAGAAGGCCAUAACAGUUUCCAAGGUGAAUGCUGGCAGUAAGGCAGAGACAGCCUGUCUUCAGCCUGGUGACAUCGUCGUGGAGAUUAAUGGACUCAAUACUGGCGAUAUGCUGAACGUUGAGGCACAAAACAAAAUCAAGAGCUGCACAACACAGCUGCAACUUCUAGUAGAAAGACCUGCUCCUCCCACUCCUGGUCAGACCAAUGGAAUCACAGAGCAACUGGUUGGCCGCUUCCAGGAGGCUGUGCAGGUGAGUCGAGAUGAGAACCAGAACUACAGAGAGUACACCAUCUCCAGCCCAGCCUCUCUGUCACCUGGCCCAUAUUCACCGGAGCUGCCAUCUAGCCCCGACCACAAAGGGGGCAGAAUCACACCCACUAGUAAGAGCCUCAAGCUUCAUUCUUGGCCCUCAGAGGAGAAGAACAUACAGAGUCACAGACUGUCCCGACCCCUGUCUCAGGAGAUCUCUUCCGUGGAUUUCCGCAGUAAUUCCGUGUCCAGUCGGACUCCAACUCCACCUGGACGAUACUCCCCACACAGCCCCAUCGAACGAGAGGUGCCCAUUUCACCUAGACGCAGCACUCAGGCCGUGAGGAUCACAGACGAUCGCUUCCGUCACCCAGAGUGCUACACCUGUACAGAAUGCGGGCUCAACCUAAAGAUGCGUGGCCACUUCUGGGUGGAGGACAAAAUGUACUGUGAGAAACACGCCAGAGAAAGAUACCAGGGUCCCGGCAAUAACUAUCGUCCAAUCGUGUCCCCACACCACUGA